AGGAGCUGGACAGCUCGGUGGACAGCGCCCUGCGUCCCUCCCUCUGUCCAGCUGUCCCCACUCCCUCACCAGAGCCGGCAAUGGCGUCCGGGGAGCCCCUGCACGUGAGGACUCCCCUCCGGGACAGCAUGGCCUUGUCCAAAGUGGCCGGCACCAGUGUCUACCUCAAGAUGGACAAUGUCCAGCCCUCUGGCUCCUUCAAGAUCCGGGGCAUUGGACACCUCUGCAAGACGUGGGCUGAGCGGGGCUGUGAGCAUUUCAUCUGCUCCUCGGCGGGCAACGCAGGCCUGGCCGCCGCCUAUGCGGCCAGGAAGCUGGGCAUCCCCGCCACCAUCGUGGUGCCCAGCACCACACCUGCCCUCACCAUCCAGCGGCUGAAGGAUGAAGGCGCCAUGGUCACGGUGGUGGGCGAGACGCUGGACGAAGCCUUCGCACUGGCCAAGGCGCUGGCCAAGAACAACCCAGGCUGGGUGUACGUGACCCCCUUCGAUGACCCCCUCAUCUGGGAGGGCCACAUGUCGGUGGUGAGAGAGCUGAAGGAGGGGCUGAUCGCAAAGCCGGGAGCCAUCGUGCUGUCGGUAGGCGGCGGGGGCCUGCUGUGCGGUGUGGUCCAGGGCCUGAAGGAGGUGGGCUGGGGGGACGUGCCUGUCGUUGCCAUGGAGACCAUCGGCGCCCACAGCUUCCACGCCGCCACCACCGCGGGCAAGCUUGUGACCCUGCCAAAGAUCACCAGCAUUGCCAAGGCCCUGGGUGUGAACACAGUGAGUGCCCAAGCCCUGGAGCUCUUUCAAGAACACCCCAUCUUUUCUGAGGUUAUCUCUGACCAGGAGGCCGUGGCCGCCAUUGAGAAAUUUGCAGACGACGAGAAGAUCUUGGUGGAGCCCGCGUGUGGGGCGGCGCUGGCCGCAGUCUACAGCCAGGUGGUCAGGAGGCUGCAGGGCGAGGGCAAGCUGCGGGCCCCCCUGCCCUCCCUCGUGGUCAUCGUCUGCGGGGGCAGCAACAUCAGCCUGGCCCAGCUGCGGGCGCUCAAAGAACAGCUGGGCAUGAACGGGCUGCCCAGUGGAGGACCCGUCCCUGGGCCCUCGCGGUGAACAGGACUGGAGUCGGGCGCGCCUGUCCCCGGCGGCCCCUUAGCUUGUCACCAGCGAGACUGCGAACGUGAACUCUCGGGAACCGUGCGACCGCUCCGUGGGCGUCCUUGGUCACAAGUAACACAUCAGAUUCCCCCAGAGCAGGGUGGUAUAAGGGUCCCCCAGGCAAGGUGGCCCUGCCCUGGGCGUUUCCCGUCCCGGGUUGGACCUGUCUUAUCCUUUCUCCAGGAAGCCCA